AUGAGAUCUCGAGAGGAUACCAGCACAAAGGCCAGCGGAGAUUCCUCCAAGCGCGAUCGCAGUGCCUCUAGAACCCGAGAAUCAAAGAAACCUGCCACUGAUUCUACCAAGACCGGAACUCCCAAGGCUAGCCCUUCAAAUGCUUCCGCUUCUAACUCUUCGCAACCUUCCGAUCGUUUCAUUACUACUGGAAAUUCUAGAAUACAUCCUACAUAUGGUACUCGGGGUCUCCCCAAGCCUUCCCCUGGCAGCUAUCCAGAACCUAAAAAAUCACCCGCUGCCAGCUCUUCAAAAUCCUCCAAAACCCCCACGACUAAUGCUGCUACCCCCAAACCUACCAAACCUCCCAACGUCAUUGCAAGCUCUUCGAAUUCCACCAGCGGAUCCGGAUCUGCAGGCAGAACGGACCCACCAAAGAAAAAGACACCUCUCAUGUGCCCAGGAUUGCACUGCAGGUUCAUAACUUUUGCCAAAGAGGAGGACCUUACAAAGCAUAAGCAGGACGAGCAUCCGAAAAAACGAUAG